AUGCUCUCAAGCCAGAGCCCCAUUAAACGCGGAUUCACCUCGGAGCAGAAUAGGAUAUACAAGAAGAGGAUGCUGAACAGACGAAGGGCAAAAGCGCUUGCGGACUUACUGAGCGACAUUCCACAGGACGUUGACCAGGAGGAUUGGGAGGAGAUGCAAGCUGCAGUAUACCAGAAUAUCCCAUUAAAAAUCGGAAACGAGGUGUCACAGUAUACAGAUGCUGACAAUUACCUUUACCACGGGCUCCUCACAUCAUCGAGUCAGGAGGUAUUUGCCCACAAUCCGACAGACAAUCAGAAAUGGACAAGAAUACACAAUCCUACCAACUCUCUCGUUCACUACGCACAGGUGAUUGAAGACUCUGGGUCAGGGGUCAACUUCAUCCACCCGUCACUUGCAAAGCGAUGCGACUUGCACGUCUACCCGACGGCGAUAACAACUUACCAGGUCAUUACUGGCCAUCAGUUCAUGUCUGAUAAAUGGGUUCAGGUAGAACUGCUAGGGAAACCGGGUAUGAUCUGUACAGACUGGUUCUAUUUGUCCCCAGAAGACGCCCCAAUCGAGUUGCUCGUCGGCAGACGUUUUAUGAGGGAGAACGAAAAGUUCUUCUUGAAUCAAAAGCCACAGUCCGAUCCGGUUCUGUUGAACGUCCAAAGCAAGAAAUCAGAAGCGGAGCAGGCCCAGAUACAAGAAAAUCAGAAGGCUGCUGAUGCACGGACAGCAACCCUGGAGAAAAGAAGAAGAGAGAAGAAGGAGCAACAGCAGAAGUCUCAGAGCAGCAAGAAUCCAUGGCCGCCAUCUAAUGAGAAGCACGGCUCACGUUCAAAAGGGUGAGAUUAGCUCAAAACCAGACUACCCUGGGAAUCCUCCGUGGAAGUCUUUGCUGGAGCGGAUUGUAGAGAAAGGGUAAGGGCAGCCGACUUGAGUACGUCAUGAUUCUUGUAGGGGAAGUACCAGGGAUUCUACAUGUUUGGCAACAACGACGUACUGUAUUGAUCGAUCUAACGUGUAAUAGAGUGAGACAUGGGACUUUCGUCUUACCUAGUGUCACAGCGGUUCUAGCAUAGUUAUGUUCAAUAUCAUAAGUGACUACAAGUAGACACAGCUAAGGUUGUGAUCUUUACGUGUCUAGGAUUCCCG